UUAGAUCACGUGCAAAGAUGUUUUCGUCUGCAUUAAUCGUUUCUCUACUUUUUUGUUUUAUGAAAAUUGAUGCAAAGGGGAAGUUAGAAACAGAUUUAAAUGGGGAAUGGUUCAUAACUAAUAGAAACAGAAGUUUAAGGUUUUCUGGAACUGUACCUGGAGGUGUUUAUACAGCUUUAUAUGAUAAUAAUAUCAUACAAGAUCCAUAUUAUAGAGAUAAUGAUGGUAAAUAUAGAUGGAUUGGGCUUGAUGAUUGGACAUACUCCAGAUCGUUUCAAUUAAGUGCAGAUUCCAUAAAAAAGAACAAUAUAGUACUAGUAGCAGAAGGACUUGAUACAUUUUCUACCAUCAGUAUCAAUGGAAAACAAAUUGGUACAUCAGAAAAUAUGUAUGUUAGAUACACGUAUGAUAUCAAAAACAUUGUUAAGCCUGAUAGCAACACCAUAAGUGUUGAUUUCCAGUCAGCUGUAAAAGAAGCGGAAAGAUUAGCCAAUGAGUCGUCUUACUUUAUUCCUCCUGUCUGCACUUCUCCUACACAACAUGGUGAAUGCCACGUUAAUUUUAUACGUAAAGCUCAGUGUUCGUUCAGUUGGGAUUGGGCACCCUCAUUUCCUGUUCAGGGUAUCUGGCAGAAUAUCUAUAUCCAAUCAUUUGAUUCAACGGUUAUCAGAGAAUUUUCAGCUCUAAGUAGGAAAGCUAGUGAUAAUACAUGGAGUGUAGAUGUUGAAGUACAUUUUGAUGUAAGAACUGGAAGUACAACAGGAGAACUAGAAACACAACUUGUAGGAACACCUGUUAUUUUUAGACAAGUGAUAGUAUUAAAUCCUACUAACAGCAGUUUUAAUUUUACUCUUAAUAUACCUAAGGAUACUAAUAUAGAUCUAUGGUGGCCAAAUGGAUAUGGUAAUCAAUCUUUAUAUGAACUUACAGUCAAAUUUACUAGUGAUAAAAGCCAGGAAUCAACAGCUAAAACUAUUAAGAUUGGAUUUAGAACUGUUGAAAUUGUCCAAGUACCUGUAUCAAAUAAUGAAAACUAUGGACUGACUUUUUUCUACAAAAUAAAUGAUAUGCCAGUAUUCUUCAAGGGUACUAACUGGAUUCCAUCAGAUAGUUUUAUAGAGAGAGUGACAUAUGAUAGAAUAAGAAUACUUUUAACAUCAGCUGCUGAGGUCCACAUUAAUUCAAUGAGAGUUUGGGGUGGAGGGAUUUAUGAAAGUGAUUCUUUUUAUGAAUUAGCUGAUGAAUUGGGAAUUAUGAUAUGGUCAGAUUUUAUGUUUAGUGUAGCUUUAUAUCCUACAACUAAAUCAUUCCUUGAUACUGUUGCCAUAGAAACACGACAACAGGUUAGACGUCUUAAACAUCAUCCAUGUAUUGUUGUGUGGGCAGGGAAUAAUGAAAAUGAAUUGGGGUUACAGCAAGGAUGGUUUGGAGUGAAAGAUGUUGAUCCAUAUAAAGGAGAUUAUAUAAAGUUAUAUAUAAAUACUAUUGGAUCUAUUAUACAACAAGAAGAUACCACUAGAGAAUAUUUAUCAUCAAGUCCUUCGGAUGGGAAACUUACAAAACAGGCUGGAGGCAUUGCUCAGAAUCCUGCUUCAGAAUUAUAUGGUGAUAUACAUUAUUACAACUAUUUUGCUGAUCUAUGGGAUUGGAAAACAUUCCAGAUUCCUAGAUUUGCAUCUGAAUAUGGUGUUGAAUCUUGGUGUAAUUAUGAAACACUUGAACCAGUUUUUGCUGAGGAAGAUUUUGAUUACUGGUCACCUAUGGCAGAGAGACGCCAACACCAUGGAUUGGGAAACAUAGAGAUGCUUAUUGAAGCUCUAACUCACAUACAACUACCUAAUGCAUCAGAUGUUAAGCAACGAUUUCAAGAUUUGAUAUAUGUUACACAGAUACAUCAAGCCAUGGCAAUGCGGGUUGAAACAGAACACUAUAGAAGACAUACUAACAUACUGAGAAAAGAUGGCCGUGGAAUGACCAUGGGAGCUUUCUAUUGGCAGUUAAAUGAUAUCUGGCAAGCACCAACAUGGGCAUCAAUAGAUUAUAACUUGAAAUGGAAGAUGAUACAUUACUAUGCCAGACAUUUCUUUGAUCCAAAUUUGAUUUCACCCUUCAUCAAUGGCACAGAUCUAAAUAUAUACAUGGUAAUAGACGAAAUUCCAAAUCAUUUAUACAGACAUCCUGAUACUCAUACUCUAGAAUUUAAUCCAUUACGAGAGCAACAUAAACUAGAAGAAAUGUUUCAGAAGCAUACAGUUUUUCAUUUCAUUAAGAAGAAAAUGAUGUCCAUAGAUGGUACUGUUAUUAUGGAGAUGUAUGCAUGGAAUAAUUUUACACCUUUAAAAGCAUGGACUAUUCCUUAUAAAUUAAAUCAGACAUCAGGCUUAAUUUUCCAGAAAAACCAAGAUGAUGUUUUAUCUGAAGCUGGUUGUUCUUAUAAAAAACAAUGUUUUCUUUUUUUUUAUCUCAAUUCUAAAUCUAAUCCAACCAGUACAUCAUGGCUUCCAUUAACAUAUUUCACAGAUACUCAAGGUGUUAUACCAAAAGCUAACAUACAGAUUACCAAUGUUGUGUCAAGUUCAAGGACAGAAUUUAAUGUCACACUGGCAACAGAUAAUAUAGCACCGUUUGUGUGGAUAAAUGCCUACAACAUAACUGGAAGAUUUUCUGAUAAUGGCUUUCUUAUGAAAGAUCCUUUACUUCAGUUGACUUUUAAGUCUUGGCAACCAGUAGACCUAGAUACAUUCAAAAACUCUUUAACUGUUAAAUCUUUAAUGGAUAUUUAUUAUUAUAGUGGUGAUGAUGCCACCUAUCUUAAGUACAAGGGUGUAUCAAAUAAAUCUCUGGAGCGCUUACUGUAUAAUAUACAUUAGUAUUAGGCCUUUGUUUAUAUAUUUUUAUAUAUAUAAAGCAUAGUUUUUAUAUAUAAAAAAAAUCAUUGUGUGGGAUGGAUCUGAUCAUCUCUCCCAUUUAGAAAUUAAAAAAAAACAAGAGAACUUUUACUAAAGAAAUCAUGUAUGUGUAUCAUUGUAGAUAUCAUUCUAUUCUAUCAUUCUGAUUUUCAGACCAUUAGGACAAUAGGCCAAAGAUAUUAAACUGUUCUGUCUUAGUAGGGCAUAAAGCAUUAAGAUUUUCAGCCUCCUUUAAUCGGCAUUAAUUUCGUUUUGUUUUUUAUAUCGUUUAAAUUGUCUUUACUACAAUAGGAUCUGGAAGAGUUGUUAUCAUUGACGUGUUCUGGAUGAUGUGAGGGAUUAGCCAAUGAAAUAGUCUGUUGCGGGGAGCUCAAUUGGCGUGUAGUGCAUGGAACUGUGGGUAAUCCACGAGAAACAUCAAUGCUGAUUGGUUAAUCAAAUGUCUGACCUCAUAGGAUCAAAAGUCGCUCGCAUGACCUCUGACGCGACCUGCCAAAACAACUGGUCAGAUCUUCAUGUAGUGUAGGCCUUCGAAAGUAUAAAAAACGAAAUGGAAUAUAGAUAUGUGUUUUAAUCAGAUUGUCAGCUGAUAGGGAAUUCUACAAAAUUCAAAUAUAGAUUGAGCUUCAUAUUAUCCAUGGGGAAUUGGGGAUCGUUCUUACAGAAAUAGAACCAAGAUAUGAAAACUUUUUCAGAAAGUUUCACACAACCAACGUUUUUCUUGAAUUGACAGCUUAAAUAUGGUUUUGGAUUGUAAAAUAUUCUUUAACUAACCAUUUAGUUCUACAUCUGCACUGGUUUGGUUUUUAGUGUUGUUUGUUUUAUCAGCUGUCCUUCAGUGGAAUUUAAUUAAGCAAUCUGUCAAACAUUUGCCAGUUCACCACAUAUCACUGUCAAUGAUUUAUACCAUAAACAAUGAUGGUAAUUUUAUGUCUUCUUGGCCCAGUAAUGUAGUGAUCUGAUUGUGGGGAAAGGGAGAUUAGAUUGCACAUCAGUAAUUACGCUGUCUAAUCCUCAUAUUUACUGUUAUUGGUCAUUUAAUUAUUUUAUUACAGCUUUAAAUUAUUUCACAUAAUUUUGCUCAAUUUUGGAGGAUUUCUUAGGUAUUUAAAUAUUUAAAUAUUUUACUGUUAUUGUACUUAUUUAAACUCUUUAUUUUUUGUUAUUGAAUUUACUACUAGUAAAGUAUUUAGUUUGAUAUUGAUAUAUACUCUUUAAAAAAAGUAGGGGAUAUUGAAAUGCAAAUACCUAUGCAGGUUGCGAUAUGAUAAAUAGCCAUGGACAUUUGACAUGCUUUGAGAGUAUGUUCACAGAUGGAGAACUUAUCGCCCCAACAGAACCACUGAGCUGCACAUGCGACACGCAAUAGCGCCAUACACGUGGGAGGGGUUCAUUGUCAAAUUUGACACUUCAAGGAAGGGUUGAUGAAAACUGCCGCGUGCUGGUUUAUCUAUCCAUGUUUGCUUUCCUAUCGGUUCUUGCAUAAGAUUUACUGUUUAACGCAUCCUUGCUUUAGUGUGUUACGUUUAAUUUGAUCGGGAGGCGUUUUCGUCAACGUCAACCGACAACACUGCAAGAAUUGGCCGUGUCACUGCAAGAGGAGUGGGUCAGAUUGCCCCAAAUCUUGAUUGGACGGUUGAUUAGGGGCAUGCCACGACGAAUUGCUGAAUGUCUGAGGAUUGGUGGAGUAAUUUCUCAUUAUUAAGACAAAAAUCAAAAACGUCCAUUUUCACGGACAGUGAAAUUAGGCCGUCAGAUAAGCUGCCCAUAUGAACUGUUUAUGUUUAUGUGUAGGCAGUUGGCCUGUUAUUAACAUACACUGGUUACCUCUAAUAAAAACAGCAGUGCAUUUCCGCAGUUUUGUAUGGUUUCUGAAUAUCCCCAACUUGUUUUGAAGAGUAUAUUAUGAAUUAAUUGCAUUUUUUAUGUGGGAAUAUAUUGUCACCAAUAUUUGUGGACGUAUUAUGCCAUCCGUCCGUCCACAAUUUGUUUCUGAACACUCUACAGGUCACAAUUUUUAUUAGAUUGUGAAGUAAUUUGAAAUAUAGGUCUAUCUCCCAAAGAUAUCGGUUCCUUUCGAUAUUGGCAUGUAUCGGACCAUAACUUUAUGGAUUUACGAAAAAUCACCUUUUUAGCUUGUGUCCACUCUAGAGGUUGCAAUUUUCAUCUGAUUUUGAUGAAACUUGAAAUGGAUGUUUAUAAACCAAAGAUCUUGAUUCUUUUCGAUAUUCGCGCAUAUCGGAUCGUAAUUUCCUGGAUUAUGGCCUCUGUACGAACAAUCACGUUUUUAGCUUGUGGACUCUCUAGGGUCAUAUUUUUUAUCCAGUUUAAAAAAAAAGUUUACAUGUAUCACCGUUGCACCCUAAUGACGGCUGAGUUCCAAUUUCGUGAAAACCGGGCUAAAUAAACUGCCUGACAAAAUGGCGGCUCCUUUAUGCAAAUAGUGUAAAAGUAUGUCAUACCAAGGUUGUGGACCCUCUAGAAGUCACAAUUGUUAUCCGAUUUUGAUGAAACUUGGAAUGCAUGUUUAUAUUCCAAAGAUCUUGGUUCCUUUCGAUAUUUGCGCAUAUCAGACCGUAACUUCCUGGAUUAUGGCCCCUGAUUUUACGAAAAUCGUGUUUUAAGCUUGUGGAUUCUCUAGCGGUCACAAUUCUUUAUCCGAUUUCAAAAACCGUAUAAAUAUAUCACCAUUCCACCAUAAUGAUUUCGAAUUUCGGGAAAAUCGAAAUGAAACUCCCCGACAAAAUGGUCGCUCUUUGUCGCAAAUUGUGUAAAAAUAUGUAAUACGAAGGUUGUUGACGCUCUAGAGGUCACAAUUUUUAUCCGAUUUUGAUGAAACUUAAAAUGUAUCUUUAUAUCCCAAAGAUCUCAACCCCUUUCGAUAUUUGCGCAUUUCAGAUCAUAAUUUUCUGUACGAAAAAUCGCUUUUGUUUCUAGCUUGUUCUCUAUCCAUCUCUUGCAAAAUGUGAGCGUAUCUUUCCUGGCAAUCGCUGGUAUCAGUUAUAAGGAGGAACCCUUUUACAAUUCAGAGUUUCACAACCGUAUUCUGGAGAGUUUCUGGUCAAUUUCUAGAAAGGUUUUAAGCACUCGAUAGGUCAAAGUUUUUAUAUUCCCACAUUGAAUGUUGCCCUGUGUUUAUUUUUCUGUGACCACUCUACAAGGUCAAAGUUCUUUACAGAUUUUUUUUUUCAAUUUCGCAAGGAUUGUUCAUUGACAAUGGAAGUGUAGGUUGAAAUUUAUGAUUCUUGGUGAUUAUUUUUUUACAAAAUAAUAAAACUGUGGGCAAAAUAAUAAAACUGUGGGGUUGUUCAUUAGGGUAUAAAAAUAAAAAUAUGAUUUGUAUGUGUAGUCAUUGCCCCUGACCCAAAUACACAAAACAUAAUAUACCAACACCUUUCUGUAUAGUCAAUUUAGGGUUGAGCAAUCAAAUCACCACGAAACCAAAACAAACAGUAAGUGAACUAAUUUUGGUAAUAAUAAUAUGUCCAUUUGAUAUCGCAGCUGAAGAGUAUAGUUCCAAAGUACAAAUUUAAUGUCAAGUCUACUUGAAAAUAUUUGAACAACGGUAAGUGGCAUACUUUACAUUUAAAGGUUCCUGUGUGACAAGCAUGUUAAUGCCAAAACCUCCAAUCAAAACCUAAUAUCUCAAAGACUCUCGGCUUUUACAUCUGGUUUGAAAUACAAUUGUCAUUUUUUCUUUACGAUGGUCCUGUUUUAUUGUCUAUGGUUAUUAGUAUUUUUGGUAUCCUACUAGGGUUUUCACAUAUUACACCAGACGGUACUCUUAUCGACAUGGCCUAUUUUAACGUGCCUACAGGCAAUCCUUCUUUGAAAAUCUGAAAUCCGUGCUUUGAAAAAAUGUUAUGUAGCCUUGUGAAUCUGGCAAGAUUGUAUGGGGAAACGUAGCUAUUAUUAUGAUCAUCGACCACUUUCGAUUUCUGUUUCAAAUAUUUUGUAUAAUUGACGUAUUCCCCCGACCACCACGUAAAGCACGAAAAUUACAUAGCAGAACAUGGUCAGGUGCAUGUGACACUGACAGCGAAGGUUCGUUUGGCUUUGGAUCGACUGAAUGUUUCUUUGGACUAUUAAUGAUACUGAAACACGGUUAUAAAUAUAAAUAUGUUAAUUCUGUUAUAUUUUGGUUACAAAAGUGUAAACUGUUAUCCGUGGAAAUUUUCACGGAACCCCAGAAACCGUGCUUCGCCAAUAAAACCUUGAAAUAGGCCCUACGUAUCCGAGCCGUUAUAUCUUCCGUUGUCCACAUAUAUGGAUUAGCAGUUUGGUAACUAUGCAGACAUUGUUUGGGUUUCAGAGAUACUGCAGUGCAAGGCAGGUAUCAAUUAAUCUAGCGUGAAU